AUGGAUCCCCUUCAGUAUUCCUUCUUCUCUUACCCCUCUUCCUACGGAGAACACAAGUACGCAGUUUCAACCACCCGCUCUACAUGCUCCUCCCCUGUUUUUUUCUCAGAUUACUGGGAUGUUGUGGAGGAGAUCAAGAGUGUCUGCGAGACCAAUCGGCCUCAUUCAGGGGCUCUGCGGUAUAUGCAUGGGAAUGCUGAUAGUUUCGGCGGGAAUAUCAGCACCCUUGCCAGGUUUUCUUAUUUCGAUCAUCAAAAUGAUAAUAUUGAAGUUCCUUGCGGAUUUCUGAAGAAUUUUCCAGUCAGUGAUUCUGAUCGAAUUGCGAUGGAACAGUGUGAUAGUGUGGUUGUGGUUUCAGCAAUCUUCAAUGAUCAUGAUAAAAUCCGCCAACCGAAGGGCCUUGGAUCCAACACACUGCAAGAAGUGUGUUUUUUUAUGUUCGUAGACGAUGUUACCCUCAAAGCUUUUGAACAUCAUGGAUUAAUUUCAAUGAGUUCAACAGAAUACAAGAUAGGUGCGUGGAGGAUUGUGAAGGUUGCUAAAGAAAAUUUGUAUGAGAACCCAGCAAUGAACGGGGUUAUACCUAAGUAUUUAGUCCAUAGACUAUUCCCAAAUUCCCAAUUCAGCAUUUGGGUAGAUGCAAAGUUGCAACUGGUGGUUGAUCCGUUGUUGUUGAUUCAUUCACUUGUUAUAUCUGAUGAUGUAGACAUGGCUAUAUCAAAGCACCCUUUAUAUGUUCAUACCAUGGAAGAAGCAAUGGCAACAGCAAGGUGGAAGAAAUGGUUGGAUGUCAAUGCCUUGAAGGAGCAAAUGGAAACAUACUGUGAAAAUGGACUGCAACCAUGGACUCCCAAAAAACAGCCCUAUACCUCAGAUGUACCAGAUAGUGCUUUGAUAUUGAGGAGACAUGGACUUGGUAGCAACCUCUUCUCAUGCCUUAUGUUCAACGAGUUGGAGGCAUUUAACCCAAGAGACCAAUUGCCCUUUGCAUUUGUUAGGGAUGUGAUGAAGCCCCAGGUGAAGAUGAACAUGUUUGAGGUGGAAGUUUUUGAGCAGGUGGCAGUGGAGUACAGACACAAUCUGAAGAGCAGUGAUGGGACCACUCUUAAGAAAGUGUCUUAUCAAGGAAGAGCCAAAAGGGCACACCCUGAUUUCUCCUAUGUUAAUGGUAGUUGUUGCAGCAAGUGUCAGAAGUAUCUUUGGAUGAUGUGGGGAGAAUCAUCAAAAGAUUAA